AUGGUCAUGCUCUUGGUGUAUGUUGAUGAUAUUAUCAUAACUGGUAUUGAUAUUGCACUUAUCAAAGACCUUCAACAUAUGUUACAUAGUACAUUUAAGAUGAAAGAUCUUGGCCAUCUUAAUUACUUCUUGGGUCUAGAAGUUCAUCCUCAACAAAAUGGCUUGCUAUUAAAUCAAAACAAAUAUGCACAAGAUCUCAUUGAUUUGGCUGGUUUGAAAGAUGCUACCCCUGUUGAUACACCAAUGGAAGUAAACGUGAAAUAUCGAAAGGAUGAAGGCAAUCUCUUGCCUGAUCCCUUUCUCUACAGGCGGCUUGUUGGAAGUCUUAUUUACCUAACUGUUACAAGGCCCGAUAUCUCAUAUGUUGUUCAUACAGUUAGCAGAUUCAUGCAAUCACCUCGGCAUCUUCAUCUUGCUGCUGUUCGCCGGAUUAUCAGAUAUAUACUUGGCUCAACAUCUCGUGGAUUGUUCUUUCCUGUUGGAUCCUCUCUUCAUUUGACAACUUAUAGUGAUUCUGAUUGGGCCGGUUGCCCAGAUACUAGGAAAUCCACAACAGGUUGGUGCAUGUUCCUUGGCAACGCGUUGAUUUCUUGGAAGUGUAAAAAGCAAGAUUGUGUUUCAAAGUCUUCAACUGAAGCUGAAUAUAGAGCCAUGUCUGCAGCAUGUUCUAAAAUUGUUUGGUUACGUGGUCUUCUUUCAGAACUUGGAUUUACCCAAGUUGCUCCUACUCCUCUUCAUGCUUAUAACACCAGUGCUAUUCAAAUUACUGCGAAUCCAGUAUAUCAUGAACGCACAAAACACAUCGAGGUAGAUUGCCAUUACAUUCGGGGGGCUUUUAACCGCAAUGUUAUUACUCUUCCUCACAUCAGUACUGAUCUUCAAGUUGCUGACAUCUUCACCAAAGCUACGCCUCACCAACGACACAAGUUCCUUACGGGCAAAUUGAUGCUAUUUGACUUACCCGCAUCAAUUUGA